CUAUUUCGAAUUGCCGUACCUCGUGCGUGUUCACAAAGCUGCAUCUCCCGGGCCUAAAAAACGCGCCGCUGGAAGUGAGUUUGCUCUUUGGCAAUGGCCGCCGAAGCUUCGCCUCUCUCUUCUCGACCUUCGACGAAAAAGCACAGGAGAAAACGACCCCAGUUAGACCCAGAGUUCGAACGACUCGACUCACUUCCGUGGAACCCCGCUCUCCCGGAUGAAGACUCCUUCUCUCUCGUCGUUGGUACUAACGAACUCGAAGGAGGAUUUCUGUCACUGGAAGAGAUUGGUGAAGCCGAGUAUGGUGUAGACAUUCCUCAACCUGAGGUAGGAAAUAGGAAGGAGAAAAAAGCCAAGCAGAGUACGAAAUUGAAGAAACGCAAACGUGGUGAUGAUGACAGCAGCUCUGGUGAGUCUAAAGCUGAAGAGGAAAUGGUGGAGGAGGCUAAAGUUGGAGAGAGAAUGGAGAAGGAUGUGAAUGUGAAGACUAAAAAGAAAAAGAAGAACAAGAAGAAAAAGAAGCCAAAUGACAAGGAAAAUGAAAUGCAAACAGAUGAGGAACUCCCAGCUGUUAGCAAUAGCAUGGAUGAUGUUGAAGAAGAGUUGGUUGAUGGAGCUGAUUAUUAUGCGUGGAAUGAGUUGAGGCUUCAUCCCCUGCUCAUGGGAUCAAUACACAGGCUUGGCUUCAAGGAACCAACUCCAAUACAGAAGGCUUGUAUUCCUGCUGCUGCUCAUCAAGGGAAGGAUGUUGUUGGUGCUGCGGAGACGGGAUCUGGGAAAACACUUGCUUUUGGUUUGCCCAUUUUGCAACGUCUCCUAGAGGAACGAGACAAGACUGCAAAGAUGCCUGAGCAAAAGGGGGAGGAAGCAGAAAAAUUUUCUCCAGAGGGCCUUUUACGGGCUCUUAUUAUUACUCCUACAAGGGAACUUGCACUUCAGGUCACCGAUCAUCUCAAGGCUGUAGCCACUGGAACUGAUAUUAGAGUGGUUCCUAUUGUUGGGGGAAUGUCAACAGAGAAGCAGGAAAGACUCCUAAAGAAAAGGCCUGAGAUUGUUGUUGGAACUCCAGGGAGGUUGUGGGAACUUAUAUCAGGAGGAGAAAAGCAUCUUGUCGAGUUACAUUCUUUGUCUUUUUUUGUGUUGGAUGAGGCUGAUCGAAUGAUUGAAAAUGGACAUUUUCGCGAGUUGCAGUCAAUAACUGACAUGCUUCCUGUCACCAACGGCCCCAUUGAAGAUCACUCUCAAAAUACACAAAAUUGUGUCACGGUUUCAAGCUUCCAAAGAAAGAAAAGACAAACUUUGGUUUUUUCUGCUACCAUAGCAUUAUCUGCUGAUUUUCGCAAGAAGCUAAAGCGUGGUUUUGUAAAACCAAAGCAGUCAUUAACUGAUGGGUUGAAUUCUAUAGAAGCUCUCUCUGAGCGAGCUGGAAUGAGAGCUAAUGUUGCCAUCAUUGAUCUGACAAAUGCAUCAAUUUUGGCAGAUAAGAUUGAGGAGUCAUUUAUUGAAUGCAGGGAGGAAGAUAAAGAUGCCUAUUUGUAUUAUAUUUUGAGUGUUCAUGGAGAAGGCCGCACAAUUGUGUUCUGUACAUCAAUUGCAGCUUUGCGCCAUCUCUCUUCUCUUUUGCGUAUUCUUGGCAUCAAUGUUUGGACACUACAUGCUCAAAUGCAGCAGCGAGCUCGGUUGCAGGCACUUGAUCGUUUUCGUGGAAAUGAACAUGGAAUACUUGUUGCCACUGAUGUCGCAGCAAGAGGCCUUGAUAUUCCUGGUGUUCGAACUGUUGUUCAUUAUCAGCUGCCACAUUCUGCUGACGUUUAUGUUCAUAGGAGUGGAAGAACUGCUAGAGCUUUCGCUGAUGGGUGCAGCAUUGCACUAAUCUCACCAAAUGAAACAUCAAAAUUUGCUUCUUUGUGCAAAUCAUUUUCCAAGGAAAGUUUUCAGCGAUUUCCUUUAGAGAACUCAUACAUACCAGAGGUCCUAAAACGAUUAUCUCUUGCUCGUCAAAUAGACAAAAUUUUGCGGAAGGACUCCCAGGAGAAAGCCAACAAAGGCUGGCUUGAGCGAAGUGCAGAGUCAGUGGAAUUAGUGAUGGACAAUUAUGACAGUGAGGAAGAAAGAGUAAACAAUUUCAAGCAAAAGAAAGCCACGUCCAUGCAAUUAAAGAAGUUGCAGCAGGAGCUCAAUAUGCUUUUAUCACGUCCAUUGCAGCCAAGAACAUUUUCACACCGUUAUUUGGCAGGGGCUGGUGUUUCACCUCUUCUGCAACAUCAGUUUGAAGAAUUAGCUAGGCAAAAACUUGGCGAUAGCGAGGGUUCAGGAGAAAACAAAAGAAGGAAAUUAGUCAUUAUUGGUCAGAAUUGUGUGGAACCACUCCAGGCACUUCGUAGUGCGGGUCAUGAGGUGCAUAUGGAUGUGAAAGGGGUGGCAGAAAAACGAAGAAAUAUGGAUAAUCUUAGGAGAAAGAGGAAACAAGAGAAGAAACGUGUGCGGGAUCAGCGAAGAAAGCAGAGGAAAAAGUUGAAAAUGGGCGGUGAGUAGAGCGGCUCUUUGAAAUUUAUAGAAAUCAAACGUAAAACCUGGAACGAUUAGAAUAUGGUCAUCCGUUGUGUAGUUUUUACUACUUGCACACAUGAAUUUUAAAAUUUUGACUCAUUCGAAAGUCUACAUCAAAUUUAGAUCUAGCAUUGCAUAGCAUUGGAUAAUUCUGCGUGGACAUGUCACAUGCACAAGUUGCAGAGUUUGUCAACAGCUGAAUAAUUGUGUGAAAGGGCAUAUUGCCGGCAAUGUCGUUCUCAUGGCAAUUUAAAGAGGAAAGAUGAUUUUGGAAUUCAGGGAUUCCUGUUGGCACUACUCAGCCUCUCAUUUCCUGAAUCUGAAAGAAGAGAGAUCACACGUAAAUGUGACAUUUGUUUCCCAAGCUGCAGCUGCAGAUUGUAAACGCACUUUGUUUAUCAGCCGUUGACAUUAAGUAAUUUAUUAUAUACGGAUGUGACAUGAUGUA